AUGUUCAUACUGGUGAAAAAAACAUUUAAAUGUAAAAUAUGUCAGAAAGGAUUUUCUUACUCUAGUAGUUUGAGAAAGCACCAACUAGUUCAUACUGGUGAAAAAACAUUUAAAUGUCCAAUAUGUCAGAAAGGUCUUUCUUCGUCUAGUUAUUUGAAACAACAUCAACUGAUUCACACUGGUGAACAACCAUAUAAAUGUGACACAUGUGCAAAAAAAUUGAUUAAUUUUUCAUCUUUGAAACAACACCUACUAGUUCAUACUGGCGAAAAAACAUUUAAAUGUCAAAUAUGUCAGAGAGGAUUUUAUUACUCUUAUAGAUUGAGAAAGCACCAACUAGUUCAUACUGGUGAAAAACCAUUUAAAUGUCAAGUAUGUCAGAAAGGUUUUUCUUCGUCUAGACAUUUGAAACAACACCAACUGAUUCAUACUGGUGAACAACCAUUUAAAUGUCCAAUAUGUCGGAAAGGAUUUUCUUACUCUUUUAAAUUGAAACAACACCAACUCACUCAUACUGGUGAAAAACCAUUUAAAUGUCAAAUAUGUCAGAAAGGAUUUUCUACCUCUACUCGAUUGAAAGGACACCAACAUGUUCAUACUGGUGAAAAACCAUUUAAAUGUCAAAUAUGUCAGAAAGGAUUUUCUUCCUCUACUCGAUUGAAAGGACACCAACAUUUUCAUACUGGUGAAAAACCAUUUAAAUGUCAAAUAUGUCAGAAAGGAUUUUCUCACUCUAGUAGUUUGAGAAAGCACCAACUAUUUCAUACUGGUGAAAAAACAUUUAAAUGUCAAGUAUGUCAGAAAGGUUUUUUUUCGUCUAGUUAUCUGAAACAACACCAACUGAUUCACACUGGUGAACAACCAUAUAAAUGUCCAAUAUGUCGGAAAGGAUUUUCUUACUCUUUUCAAUUGAAACAACACCAACUGACUCAUACUGGUGAAAAACCGUUUAAAUGUCAAAUAUGUCAGAAAGGAUAUUCAAACUCUACUCAAUUGAAACGACACCAACUGACUCAUACUGGUGAAAAACCAUUUCAAUGUCAAGUAUGUCUGAAAGGAUUUUCUACCUCUUCUCAAUUGAAAGAACACCAACCUGUUCAUACUGGUGAAAAACCAUUUAAAUGUCAAAUAUGUCAGAAAGGAUUUUCUUACUCUAGUAAUUUGAGACAGCACCAACUAGUUCAUACUGGUAAAAAAACGUUUAAAUGUCAAAUAUGUCAGAAAGGAUUUUCUAUCUCUACUCAUUUGAAAGAACACCAACAUGUUCAUACUGGUGAAAAAAACAUUUAAAUGUAAAAUAUGUCAGAAAGGAUUUUCUUACUCUAGUAGUUUGAGAAAGCACCAACUAGUUCAUACUGGUGAAAAAACAUUUAAAUGUCCAAUAUGUCAGAAAGGUCUUUCUUCAUCUUAUCUUUUGAAACAGCACCAACUAGUUCAUACUGGUGAAAAACCAUAUAAAUGUGACACAUGUGGAAAAAAAUUAUAGAAACCUUCAUCUUUGAAACAACACCGACUGAUUCAUACUGGUGAAAAACUAUUUAAAUGUCAAAUAUGUCAUAAAGGAUUUUCUUUGUCAUAUCAUUUGAAACAACACCAUCUUGUUCAUACUGGUGAAAAAUCAUCUUAAUCAGUGGUUCCCAAACUUUUUUGUCUUGUAGACCCCCCUGCCUUUUUUUUCUGGUUGUUAGUAGACCCAUUGGUUAACUUACAAUUAUUUUCAAAUUCAUCAUUUUUUUAAAAAGUAAUUUCUAACUGUAGUGAGCUGAGAAGUGAAAAAGUAAUUUAAAGCUGCAUAUUAAGUUAUAGAGAUCUAUCUUUUUUAUUGACGAAAUUCAAAUUUAAACCAAUUUAAAUAACAAAUAAUUAAUUAAUUAAUAUGCUGGAAUCACCUAACACACUGGAAAUGUUGAUUGUUCUUCGCAGGUUUAUCAUCCAUUGCAAAUGAUUCUAAUAGGAAUUUGUUGUUCUAUGAAGUAGUCCUUCAAACUUUAAAUAUUUAUUAAUUUGCCAAAUGUGUAUCAUUGUUAAAGCUUAUGCAAAGAGCUGUUUCUUCUAUAUUUGUUGAUGUUUCAUGUGUGGCUCAAAUAUUGAGUCCGAAGAACUGUUUUCAUUAACGGCAAAUCAUUAGCGGCAGAAGGGGCGAAUAUGAGUUCUAAACCAGGAAGCUUGCUAUCCACUUAGCAAAAUGAAAACUGAAUUCAAAACUCUGCUGCAUUGCAACUAUCCCCAAACAUGGUAAUGGUUUUGUGUGUUACCCCUGAGGAAAAAUAAGGAGUUAGCAACCCAUAGGCAGAUUGUAGCAGACAGCGCUACACCCUGUCAGAGCCUCUGACGCAGCUUAUUUUAAACUGUAUCUAUUUUGUUUUCAAAAACAAUAAAUAAGAAGCUCUUUAUUUUACGACACAUGCCACCAAUGUGCCCCUGAACCGUAUUGUUGCUCAAAGAAAUUCUUUCAAUAAUAUUAAAUGUAGGUCUGUGUAAAACAGUUUUUAAAACAACAAUAGCUUGUAAAAUCUAAAGUUUUAGGUAUCAGAGAUAUUGUAAGACUCUUACAAACAAUCAUCUUGUCUAUAUGAUGUCGAAGAGAGAUUUUUUGGGUCUGUUCUCUUUCAUUGAGUAUUUGAACGUUUUUCAAAUGUUAUCUAUUUUGUCAUGGUGGCAUUGUCUCAGAUGGUCUGCCAACGUAACUUGUUUUAUAUCGUCAUAAAUAGGCGCUUAGGCAACCGAUAGUUUGACAAGGAAGGAGUGAAGCCUUAUUUUAAAUAAUCAACGCUGCGUACAGUCUACCUUCAUUUUGUUAAACAUUAGUUACAUGCAGACGAUAUUAAUCUAAAUAAGUAUUGGAAUUAAAUACUAUAAUUUUUCGUUUGAAUAGCGUCACAGUCUCGCUUGACAUUGCCUGUUAUAUGCUUACCUUUGGUCAAGAAGAGGAAAGGCACGUGAAUCAUCUGAGAUAGAAAGAGGAAGUAAGAAUGACUAAAUGGACUUUUAGUCACUUGUAGCUUUUAGGUAAAUUGUCUGUCCUGACGUUUGAGGGAAAGCGGUGUAACCUCUGGAACGUGAUGUGAUGAAGUAUAGAUAGACACACCUAUAGUGUCAGCGCAAACGAACUAUGUCUGCGGUCACCUAUGGCACAUCACAUUGGACAGUAUCAGUUAGUGACACUUGAGGGAAAUAUAUGUUCAGAGGAACUUGAUUGUGGACACAGAAAGAGAAGUUGAAAUCGCAAUCAAGACUCAAGUUGUGUUGUCUUUUAUGUUUCCCUACAUUUUGGCCCUUGCACAUUGUAAGACUAAGACAGUAGAUUAAAAAAUUGACAGGCAAUUUUUUUUAGCGGGAGGGGGAGGAGUUGUUAUGACAUGAUUAGGAAUUAGUUAUUUGUUUCGGGAAUAAGGGGAAAGUUUUAAUUAGCGACAAGUGACAUGACAGAUCUUUAAAAAAUAAGAACGCUCUAAGCGACGCAAAAAGGAAGACGCUUCGUGUAGAGUGGAAGACUUCAGUACAAUAGAAUAGAUACAGAUUUACGGACAUAGCUGACAUCGGACGAUUCCCUUCUUGAGUAUUAAAUAUCUUUAUAGAACAAAAUAUCAGCGUCGACUACAUAUUUGAUUGUUUCGGCCUUUCGCCGGUGUUACUGAAUUAGUUUAGUUCAGCGUUACUUCCAGUCAGAUCUACACUAGACAGAUUGCCAAGAAUCAACACCGUGCGGAAGCCUUAACAGUAGAAAUCUAAGUAAAUCUAUGGAUUGUAUGUCUUUUUUUUUCUACUAUUGGCUAGCUAUACACUUACAGAAGUCUCUAUAAAUAAUUAUAUGUGAGAAAUAUCUAAAAUAUAAUAUGUAACUUGUUCUUAUUGCUAUACUGGUGUCAUAUUUUUAGCUCAUUAAAGUUUAACUUUUUUUUAUAGUUUUAGUAAACCAUUGUAUAUUAUUUUAUAUGUACAGCGAUAUAUUGUAAUAAAAUAUUAGUUAUAAUAAUUUAUUUUUGUGGCUCUAUAAAUUCUCCACAUUUUGACAUAUAUUGCAUGCAUGUUGUCAGGGUUCACUUUAGGCUUGGCUGGACUUGGUUCCUGUGGCUCGAUAGAGCUUAAUAAUUGUUAUACAAUUAGGAACAAUUACUACUAAAUAUAUUUAACUGCAACUCCAGAAUAACACUAAAUCCAUGGAAUAAUAAUGAUACUUAGAAAUCAAAAGAGCACAAAUAAUGAGAGAAGAAAUAAAAAAGGGAUAUAACUCUUUCAUACUUAAAUAGUACAAAGAAAAAACACACUCACUCUCACCAUACCUGCCCCUGACAUAUGUAUCAUUUAUAUUUCUUUUGUUACUAACUUUAAAAAUGUAAAUUUUUUGUGUGUGUUUUUACCUCCCUUUUUGAUAAAAUGCAACAUUCGGCGCAGAUAAAUAAAAUGAAAACAUUUAUUGACACGUUUGAAAACAAUUGAGCGUGUUCUCUAUCUGCACAUGAAUGAUUUUACUAAGGUUUCAUCUCCAGGAGUCUUAUAGUUUCGCUUGAAAUGUCCUUUAGGUUUGGAAGGCCAAAAAAGAAACUGAGAAAAACGUGUAACUCUCUUAAUAUUUGAGCUCUAGGGCUGAACUCUUGUGAGCUGAAGGCUCCUAGGUACAGUGCGCGUAGUAUGUCAUCUCUGGCGUCCCACUUUGUGUUUGCUAUUUUUCUGAGUAGCACUAACUUUUUCUUUCAACGUCUGGAGGUGGUGGUGCAUUUACAAUUUUCUAUCUAGGGUGACACCUCGAUAAUUGGGCGUAUUUUCACGUUGGAGUCGCAGCCCACCGAGUUGGAGCUCGAAUGGGACUUUAAUAAUGUCGAUUCCUGGGCUGAACAGGGAAUAGGUCGUCUGGGAAACUUUGAUCUGAAUCUUUCAUUUUGCGUAAGGUAGAGGGAUGGUAUGGAGGUCUGCUCGUAGUGCUGCCUGCAGUUGGUCAGUUUUCUUCCCGAUUGACCAGAGGAUAAUGUCAUCAGUAUUAACCAGAUUUUUUGACUGCGAGAAGAAAGAAGACACCUGUAUACUUAUAUUUAUUUAAUUUAUCUAUUAUUAUUUAAGGAGCCCCCCCCCCCCCCCCAAAAAAAAAAAAAAACUACUUCUCAAUUACACUUGUUUUGUUUAACGUGUUGUUGGGGGGGGGGGGGUCCACCUACCGCACACCCUCUCUUUUCAUAGAACCACUAGUGCCCAUGUAUUAUAUUCUGUAACUAAGCCCCCAACCAUUUCUUCUCUCCUGCCGUACGUCGCGUACGGUACAGGUGGCGAUAAUCUCCCUUUCUUCUUAGUACCUUUGAACACGUGCCGACACAGACGAUCAUUGUCUUCGUGGCAGAACUAGGUGUGAUGUAACUUCCUGUUUGGAGCUUCGCCGGCACCGUUGCUCUAUUAUGUUAGCUACUGUUUGAAUCACUGGCGUGUUCAUGGGCGUAGUCAGGAUUUUUUUUUUGGUGGGUCCCCCCCCCCACACUGACUUUCAUUGUCCUUCCCUGCAUUUUCAAAUAAGCCACGCCAUUCAGCUCACUAUUUUCUUCGCUGCAAUUUUUAUGGCCAAUGAAUUCUUUUCUAAGAAAGCAUGCUCGCUGCAAGAGCUUAUUGUUAUGGAGAUGGUUGCCGAGAACUAAAAAUAGGCUUAGCUAGUUUAUGCUAUGUGACACUUAGGAGGGUUUUAUAGUAAAAAAAAACAUGGAGAGGGCUUUAACCUUAAAACUCACUGAAGGGAGAUUUUAUGCAAAAGCCCUUUUGGCUGCGAUUGGCAAAUGAUGGUUUAAUAUUAAUUGGAUAAUUAAAUAUUAAAGCAUAUUUGAACCCAUGUGUAUAUUAUGUUGUACCACACUCUAUAAUCUCAAUUAUUAUCAUUAGUAAAUAUAAAAUGAAAAAGGGUUUUACCUCGUGAAAGUGGCAAUACAUACAAUCGUCCUCCGCCCAUUGGACAAAAUAAUACUUUUUUCUUUUGCAUUUUAUUUAAGAAAUUAUAAAAUUUAAAAUUCAGUUACUAAUAUAAUUUCUAUAUGCUAGAAAUUAAAUGCUUAUAUCAAGUCGCCCCACGCCAUUUUCUUUAAUGCCAAUUGCACUCAUUAGUAGAAAUUAUAAAAAGGAUUAGCCUAAUCGUCUGUUUUGGGCGUUCUGCUUAUUACAGAGUUCACAAGAAAAUGUUGGAAAUAGAGAAAGUUACGAUAUCGUGACAGAAACCAGAAAUAAAGUAAUAAAGUAAUAAAGGCUUGUGAGGAAGCGAGCAAAAAUGUGCUUGAUAAAAAUGAACUAACACAGUCUAUGGUGAAUGAACACAGGAAAUUGACCAAACUAGAAGUAGAUCAAGAUGUUUUGGUAUUACUAAAGGAUAAGGAGAAUUUACUAUUCACAAAAUGGUUGGGUCCUUAUAAGGUAGCAAGGAAAAUAAGUGAUGUGGGAUAUGAAAUUAAUAUUGAUUCAUGGCUGAAAAUAUUUCAUGUGGAUAUGCUAAAAGAAUUUAGGCUGCAACAAAAAAAGUGAAAAAAGCAGUAAAGAAGACCCAUUGGUCCGGGAAGGGGGGGGGGUCGAAAUUUAUUGACUGAUUUUUUGCUUUCAUUUUGUUUAUUUUAGGUGAGAUUUUAAUAUUUAACCAUCACUUUACCUAGCGUAACCAAUGGGGUUUUGUGGUUAAAUCCCACUCUUCUAUAAGACAAAACAAAAAAAUGCGAACGACAAUCCCCAAAUUCCAAGAGCAUAGGUAAGAAGAUUUUGAUUUUAAAACACCCUCGGAAAUUUACGAGGUCAAUAUAAAGUAAACCAAACAUCAUUCGCCAGAUUCUAUAAGCUUAGCCAAGAGAGGGGGUUUGCGUUUAAAACCCUCCUCCAGCGUGGUUAGCAGCUACAAAACUCCUCUUUAAUGUUAAAGAAGCAAAUUGCACACUCAAUAUUUUUUUAGCCUUACCAAUGGGGGUUUUUCUAAUUUGAACCCCCUCCUCCAGAGGGUUUUAAAUAAAAAAAACCUCCAGAUGGUUUUGAAUUUACCCCCCCCCCUCUCCAGCAGGUUUUUGACGUUAAAAAAAUACCUCUUAAAUAUUAAAAAAAAAAGCAAAUUACAUACUCAAAAUUCUAUGAGAGCAGUCAGGUAGUUUUAAGUUUAAACCCCUUUCAGGAGGGUUUAAAAUUAAAAAUACCUCUUCAAUAUAAAAAAAAAGCAAAUUAUACAUUCCAAAUUCUUUGAGCGUAGCCAAGCCGGGGGGGGGGGUAACCCCCUCCUCCAGAGGGCUUUUUUUAAAGUUUAAAACCCCUCCAGAUGGUUUUGAGUUUAAAAAUCUCGCUACAUAGAGUUUGAGUCUGAAAGCCUCCCUCUUUAAUAAGAAAUCAGACUACAGUCACCACCUUCUAUGAGCGUAGCUAAGGGGGUUUUAAAUUUGUAAAAAAAAAAAACAAAAAAAAACUCAAGAUAUUUUUUUUUAGUUUAAAACCCCGCAACAGAUUAUUUUGACGAUAAAACUUCCCUUUUCGAUAUAAAAUCUAAAGCAAACUACGGUCACCCAAUUCCAAGAGCGAAGCUAAGACAAGUUACACAUUUCUACCAGUAGCUGGGCUCCAUUAAUAAAGUGCAGUGAAUAGUAGUCUGCAAAAAUUGAAAAAAAAAAACUAAAUGUGACUCAACAAAGAUGGCUAAGACGGAUUUUAAGAGUCAAUUAUUGAGAUCGAGUCUCAAUCGAGGAAAUCCUAUGCCAAACUGGGAGUCACCCCUAAGUAAGGUGACAGAGAGUGGCAUGAGGUUUGCGGGAAAUUUUUCCGACAAAAUGAAUUAUGCAUAAUAAGAGAUGCGAUGACAUGGAGGCCAUUACGAGGAAAUCGCAAACAGGGACAUUCUAGUACAACUUGGCGCCACAUUUUCAUAGAGGUCCUCACAGCAAUUGGGAAGAGGCUUCUGACUUUGCCAGUGACAUAUUUUUUUCCAAGCAGAUUACCGCCCAAUGCGCCGAAUGGCGCGGGAUGAUCUAAGUAAGUAAGAAUAGCAGAUAAGAUUUUUGAAAUUAAACUUUUUAAUAUCAGGAUAAUGCACUGUAGAUCAGUGGCGUCACUAGGGUGUGUGUCACCCGGUGUGGUCAUCUCAGGGUGUCAUCCCCCCCCCCCAUUCAAAAAAUCCUUUUUUUUUCAUUGGUUUGUUGAGAUAUAAUAAAUAUAGUUUAUAAUUACCAAUGAUGUUUGAUUGUUCAACAAAUAUAAUAUAAAGUGUCCAUCAAAUUUUAUUUUAAAAUUCAGCUGAUUAUUACAAUGUAUCUACAGUUCACUGGGUUUACCUAGUCAAGUGAAAUUGCAAGCAUCCUUAAUCUUUGGAAUUGAAGACAUUUACAUUAAUCUAUAGUUCAAUUUUGCAACAAUGCAACUAUAAGUAAAUUACGCUGUUUUUGUUUUUUUCUGGAUUUCAAACUUGAAAACGUAUCAUUGAGUUGAAGUUAAUGUCUGUAACGAUCUCAUUUAUCAAUAAAAAUUCCGCUUUGUGAA